AUGAAUCAAGUACUCGCUCGUCCCUCCGUUGCUGAGGGGCAGAGCAACAACCACCAUCCGCCAACCCCCUCGAUCCCGGUCCCUGCUCCCCUCGCUCAUCUCCGCCCGCCACCCUCCCGCAACGGCCAGGUCAACUUGGAUACUUUUUCGCCCGUCAAUGAGAACGGCAGUUUUGAAUUUGAUCGGGUGCUCAAGACCGGUCGCGUCUUCCGACGAGUCAAGCAUAAACAUGUCUUCCGCGCCUCUUGGAAACCCGCCUAUUUGGUCCUUCGACCGAAUCUCCUCUCUGUGUACAAGGAUGAAGAAACCACCCGCCUCCGAGUCUCCAUCACCCUCUCCGAAGUGACCGCGGUCGCCCCGGUCAAGUCCCCGCGCUCCAGUCGCCAGCAUGUCUUCGGCAUCUUUACUCCAUCCAAGAACUACCGCUUCGAGGCGCCGUCGGAGCGCGACGCCGACGACUGGAUCGGCCGCAUCCGCGCCGAAGUCCCUGGCGACGAGGCCGAGCAGGCCUUCCUCGCCUUGGCCAGGAGGCACGAACCCCCCAAGAUCCAGAAACAACUGAUCGAGGACACUACCGACCACUCCGACUUCGACGGCCCUGCUGCUCGCGCCAGCUCCCCCGAAUUCGGUCGCACACUGUCCCCGGCCGCGCGGAUCCGGAAACCCCCUUGCACCCAGGAUUACUCGGGCAACGAUAUCACCUCCUACUCCGAACUUUCGGAUGGGCCCCCUCCCACGCGAAGCAGCGGACUUCGGUCCAUGCCGUCGAUUCACACGCUCUCUCUUUCUGCUCCCGAGGACAGACCCACCGCUUUGCCCCGCGAUAUCAGUCGUCAGUCGGAGCUAGGAAUCCUGCGAGACCCUGAACGCGUCGUGUGCCAGGGCUACCUGCAGGGCCUUCGCAUCAAAGGCACUGUGCGCCAGUGGAAACGCCUCUGGGUUGUGCUUCGGCCUAAGAGUCUGGCAUUCUAUAAGGAUGACCAGGAGUACUCGGCCAUCAAGAUUAUCUCCAUGUCUCAGGUCAUUGACGCAGCGGAGGUCGAUCCAAUGUCUCGAUCCAAAACUCUUUGCCUCCAGAUUAUCGCCGAGGAAAAGACCUAUCGGCUCUGUGCCCCGGACGAAGAGUCGUUGGCGCGCUGGCUGGGCUCUUUGAAGAGCAUCAUUGUCGCACGCAAAAAGCUCGAAACGGCCCCGACAGCGGCAUAA